GCUACAUGGGCUUCUGGAUGGAGCUGUCCACUCUCAAGGUGGUCUGGCGACUCGUCAUAGGGCUUCAGGGCUGCCUGGCGUCGUCAGCGGGUGGCCGACUUGGGCCCUUGGCUCGAGCGCGCGUGCGCUUCGCCUCGUGGCUCGUGCUCGUGGUGGUGGCCGGCGCAUGCGCCUUGGUGUGCUUGGCCAGCUCAGUGUGGGACGUGCGCAGCUUCAUGCAGUACCGCACGACUGUGUUGUUCGAACAGCAGUCGCUCUCUGGAAUCGCAUUCCCCGCCAUGACCAUCUGCAAUGAGAACGGGGUGAACAUCACCAAACUAUGCAUUGAUGCUGACCGCGGAGAAUGCUCGAACGCUUCUUUCGCGUACGCCAUAGGUACGAAUAUGGAAUUGAUGAAGCACCUGCUGCACUACUCUUACCCCAUUGCGUACAUGGUGGAUGAUUGCAACAUGAAGUUCACCGGAGAGACCUGUCAGAGCUUCAGCUGCACGCACUUGUGGCGGCUCACAUACACGUCAAAUUGGAAGGCGAUGUGUUUCACUUUCCACCUCACAUCGCAACGUGACGAUAACCAUUCCUAUUCCUACUGGUCUUGCAGCGAGCCAUGGAAAUAUCGCUUGGAGCUGUCGCUAGCGGUGCAGCGUGAGCGCAGCGACGAGGAGGAGGAGGUGGCGCCGCUCUCGGCGCUGCUGCACGAACAGGGACUCUUCACGGCCGGCAUGUUGAACCCGUUUAUAUUCACCUACGGCGAGAGAUACCUCAUCUCCGCAUUCCAGGAAGAGGUGCUGUCCCUGCCACCCCCAUACGAGACAAUGUGCAGCCAGUACGACAGCAAGAGCGGCGAGUACAGCUACGCAGACGGCGUCGUCCAGUCCGAGGAGUGCAGCAGCAAGUGCAUUGCGGACAACUGGCAACAACACUGUAGCUGCUUCUCCAAGCUGUACUCGGUGAAACACAGGCGCCAGGGCCCUAUCUGCGAGUACAUCGAUCAUCUUCGGUGCACCGACAAAAUGAAGCGGCAGCUUUGGCUGCACAGCUGCCAGUCAGCCUGCACCAGGCCCUGCCGUGAGGUGCGCUACAAGGGCCUGGUGUUCAGGACCGGCAUCGUCACGGGGGUUUCAGACAAUCGCUCGCUGGUACAAGUCACGGUGGUCAUGGGUUCCAACAAGAAGAAGACAAUCUACACCUUUCCCAGGAUACCUAUGGAAGACUUGAUGAUCUACAUUGGUGGCCACGUCGACAUGUGGUUGGGUUUCGCGCUCAUCGGAGUCUGCGGAGCUGUCCUCGACUUUGCCGUCAAGUGUUCCAAGUGGUUCAGUCGGAACAACCUGUCGGUUGAACUUCUACUGGAGCCACCUUAUAAGGCAGACCGACCCCAAGAUCCUGACGAGAGGAUAGGGGAGCCGUCUGUUUUCCUUCUAGCAUUACCAGAAUAAAGCCAGCUGGUGCUCGCAUCUCUCGGACCUCGCAACUCGCAAGAAAAGCGCAGAAAAUUUUGCCAUGGUCGACAACUUCGGUACGCGAUUGAAGGUGUCUUCCGUGCACGUCUG